CAUUUUUUCUUAACCGGCAUUUCAGCAUCACUGCCGGUCGGUAUUUUUUAGACGACCGUCAAACCUCAGUGUAUUUAUAUUUUUUAUUUAUACAAGUUACAUUCAACAUGCCUGGAUACGCCGAUAGAGAUCGUGGCAGGGAUCGCGAUAGAGACAGAGGCUAUGGCGGCGGCCCUCCUCGUUUCGGGGGUAACCGGGGAGGAGGAGGAGGAGGAGGAAAGUUUGGAAAUCCAGGAGAACGUCUGCGAAAGAAACAAUGGAACCUGGACGAGCUGCCCAAGUUUGAGAAAAACUUCUACCAGCAGCAUCCCGAUGUGGCCCGCAGGUCCCUGCAAGAAGCCGAGCAAUACAGAAGGACCAAAACCAUCACAUUUAAAGGAAGAGACUGCCCAAAUCCCAUCAUGAAGUUCCACGAGGCCAGCUUUCCAUCUUAUGUGAUGGAUGUCAUCAACAAACAAAACUGGACAGAGCCAACACCCAUCCAGGCUCAAGGCUGGCCUCUGGCUCUCAGUGGGAAGGAUAUGGUUGGCAUUGCACAGACUGGUUCUGGCAAAACACUUUCUUAUCUGUUACCUGCAAUUGUUCACAUCAACCACCAGCCUUUCCUGGAACGUGGAGAUGGUCCCAUUUGCUUGGUCCUCGCCCCGACCCGUGAGCUGGCUCAGCAGGUACAACAGGUGGCUGCUGAAUAUGGCAGAGCUUCUCGCCUGAAGUCCACCUGUAUCUACGGAGGAGCGCCCAAGGGACCUCAGAUCCGCGACCUGGAAAGAGGUGUGGAGAUCUGCAUCGCCACUCCAGGAAGGCUCAUCGACUUCCUCGAGGCGGGAAAAACAAACCUCCGCCGCUGCACCUACCUCGUGCUGGAUGAAGCCGACAGAAUGCUGGACAUGGGCUUCGAGCCGCAGAUCCGAAAGAUUGUCGACCAGAUCAGACCUGACCGUCAGACUCUGAUGUGGAGUGCUACCUGGCCCAAAGAGGUCCGCCAGCUGGCUGAGGACUUCUUGAAGGAAUACGUCCAGAUUAAUAUCGGAGCUCUUCAGCUCAGUGCCAACCACAACAUCCUGCAGAUCGUGGACGUCUGCAACGACGGAGAGAAGGAGAACAAACUGAUCCGCCUGCUCGAGGAAAUCAUGAGCGAGAAGGAAAACAAGACGAUCAUCUUUGUGGAGACGAAGAGGCGAUGUGAUGACCUCACCCGGAGGAUGAGGAGGGAUGGGUGGCCCGCUAUGGGAAUCCAUGGAGAUAAAAGCCAACAGGAGAGAGACUGGGUUCUUAAUGAGUUCAAAUACGGAAAGGCUCCAAUUCUCAUUGCUACAGAUGUAGCCUCCAGAGGUCUAGAUGUUGAAGACGUGAAAUUUGUCAUCAACUUUGACUACCCCAACAACUCUGAGGACUAUAUCCACCGUAUCGGCAGAACGGCUCGUAGCCAAAAGACAGGCACGGCUUACACCUUCUUCACUCCCAACAACAUGAGGCAGGCCAGCGACCUCAUCUCUGUGCUCCGCGAGGCCAACCAGGCGAUCAACCCCAAGCUCCUCCAGAUGGCGGAAGACAGAGGAGGUCGUUCAAGGGGCGGCCGAGGUGGUGACUUCAGAGACGACCGUCGGGAUAGGUAUUCUGGCAGGCGUGAUUUUGGCGGUUAUAGGGACAGGGAUAACGGUAGAGGGUAUGACAACGGACAGAGCAAAGCUUUUGGCACAAACUCCCAGAACGGAGGCUACGGGGGCAGCAACGGCAAUGGCAACGGCUUCAGCGGAGGCAGCUACAACGGCAACGGACAGUCCAACUUCAACAACCCGGCGGCAGCGUUCGGAGGCCAGAACAACUUCCAGGCGGCUCCGUUCGCUCCGAAGGCGGGGCCACAGGCAGCCGCGCCUCACCCUCAGUUCCCCUUCCCCCAGGCGCAGGCUCCACAGCAGCACCCCCCUCCGCUGGUGCCGUACCCCAUGCCUCCUCAGUUCUCUCAGUAAACACCGUACACUUGAAAGAAGUAAUUUAUUGCUUUUUUUUGUCUCGUUUUAAGUUCAACACUUUAAUCCUGAGUAUUUUUUUGUAUUUACACGACAGGGUUACAGACAACUUGAACCUCGUAUCAAGCCUUUUAAGAUCUGCAGUGCAGCAUUAGCCGUGUUGCGCACUCGUUUUUUGCCCCCUUUACUAUUUAAUUUGUUACAUUCCUCAUUAAUGCUUUAGUUAUGUUUUGUACUAGGUAAUUACAAAUGUAUCGUUUUUCAUGUGUAUCCUUGAAAGUGAUGUUAUGCUCCUACCUGGAAGUGCACUGCAUGAUCUUUCAAAAUAAAAAGUCAAAAACAGAA